AGUAUAUGACGAUCUUUGUCCUAACACAAGACAACAGUGCUCAUUCUCUUUGCGUGUGCUUCCUCUUUCUAUUAACUUGUCUCUUUCUAUACUCUCAUUAAGCACUGCAAUUCAAAAUCAUGUCUACAGAAUCAGCCAGUGCAAUUCAAAAAAGCCAAGUUGAUCUGGUAGACUUCGUUGAUUGGUCCGGAGUUGAAUGCCUUAAUCAAAACUCCAGCCACUCUCUUCCCAAUGCUCUUAAACAGGGAUAUAGAGAAGAUGAUGGUUUGAAUCUAGAGAGCGAUGCAGAUGAGCAGUUGUUGAUUUAUAUACCUUUCACUCAAGUUGUUAAACUGUACUCUGUCGUUGUCAAAGGACCUGAGGAAGAAGGUCCUAAGACUGUAAAACUUUUCUCAAACAAGGAGCAUAUGGGAUUUAGUAAUGUCAACGAAUUCCCUCCUAGUGACACUGCAAUUUUAUCACCAGAUAAUCUCAAGGAAAAACCUGUAGUCUUGAAGUAUGUUAAAUUUCAGAAUGUUCGCAGUUUGACAAUAUUUAUUGAAGAUAACCAGUCAGGUUCUGACAUCACUAAAGUCCAAAAGAUUGCUCUGUUUGGAACAACGGUGGAAACAACAGACAUGAAGGGCUUGAAGAAGAUUGAGGAUCAUUGACAGUAUACGGGUGCUAAGAAAGGGUUGAAGUUUCUUGCAACCGCUGUUAAAUUUCUCAUUUGUGUUUUUCUAAGUUAAAACCAGUUAUUAUAAAUAUCAAACAAUUUGGUGCCUGAAAGUUUUGUGGCUGUUAUUUCAACCUCUCUCGUCCUGGAAAUUUGGCAAAUUCCUAGAAUUCUGUGAUGUUUUUACCAA